AGCUAACUUAGCUAACUGAUUCUAAAACACACAUACAACCUAGCUAACAAAUUCUAAAACACACAUAUAACCUAGCUAACUAAUUCUAAAACACACAUAUAACCUAGCUAAUGCUAACACACAUAAAGCCUAGCUAACUUAGCUAACUAAUACUAAAACAAACAUAUAACCUAGGUUACUUAGCUAGCAAACUCUAACUACACACAUAUAAGCUAGCUAAUGCAAACUAACACACAUAUAACCUAGCUAACUUCACUAGCUAACUAACACAGACAUAUAAUCUAACCAACUUAGCUAACAUGACCUAAAACACAUCCUAAAGCUGUUUAACAACACACAAAGUGUCCUCUAGCUAGCUUGCUAGGCUGGUGGUCACUAUGGUUAAUGCAGAAGAGAUUCCACUGACAUCACAGUUGUGACAUCACACACCUGAGCAUGUAUAAGCAAGAGUUCUGUCAGUUCUGGUUUCAGGCUAGAGCUGGGAGCCACAGUAUCAGGACUUCGGAGGGAAUCUUGCAGUUACUGAGGACGAGCAGCUUUAGCAAUAUGUCUUUCCUGAACUUGGUAAAGACGGUGGUUCAGCGGCCAGUGAAGAUUAACCGGCAGAGCUGGGAGAACUUCCAGCACGGGAAGAACAACCGCCCCAGCAGGAGCCAAAAACGUCCACACGUGUUAAUGGACGGACAUGGGGACGCUCCUGCACUGAAACAGGCCAGGCAUCAGCUGGAGAGAGAUACUGUCGUUAGCACCAGCAGAACUUCUGGUAAGAGGAAGCUGGCGGAGACAGCAGAGGAUGAAGCUCCAGUAAUGAAAAAGGCUCAAAUCCAGCUGGAGAGAGCUCCUCCCACGGUAUGGAUCAUAGGGGACAGCUAUAUUCGCCGUGGGGAGGAGAUAGCGAGGAGCUCACUGGGAGGUGACCUGGGCGUGCAGGCCGAGAUCAGCUGGUUCGGCUGGGGAGGACUGAGGUGGCGAGGUCUCGUCCCGUUCUUCAACAAAUCUCUUGAAGGAAGAGCGGCUCCGGACGUGCUGAUCAUCCACUGUGGCGGGAACGACAUUGGAGGGAUGAACGCCGGUCAACUCAGCGCAGAGAUGAAGGCGGAUCUGCAUGAUCUCCACCGUCGUUUUCCACACAUGAAGAUCAUGCUGUCGGAUAUCACCCCACGACGUCAGUGGAGGUCCACCACUCAUCCUAAGAGGAUUGACGAAGCCCGGAAAUGGCUAAACAGCGAGAUGGCCGAUUUCAUCUUGGGAGUGGAGGGCGGUGUUAUUCAUCACCCAGAUAUCAUGUUCCACAACCCUCGACUCUUCCUCAGAGACCGGGUUCACCUGUCUCCCUUGGGCAAUGAGCUGUUUUUAAAUGACAUUGCAGAAUCCCUGAAAACCUUCAUAUAAUAAAUGUGAUUCUGCUGAAAUCAUCUGGAUUCAUCUGGAUUAAUUCAACACUGAGAAACACCAAGAGACUGUGGACUUUACAGUGCAGUGAAAUCAACAACUCAGUAUUAGAUGCUAAUAAAUGUUUUAUUUUCUAUAACAUUCAAAAUCUGUAAACUUAAAAAUAGUCUAUUUUUUCAGUAACUUUUUUUUUGUUUGUUUUUGUACUAGAGAUUGGGUAGAUAACACAGUUCACAGUAGACUUCAUCAGCCUAAACAUUUCAAAGAAUUAAUUAAAAACAAUUCCCAAUUCCUUAAUUAAACUUAUAAGUAAGCUUAAAAAAAAAACUAUAUUUGCAAUAUUCAUCGCAAGUUUACCUAACUAAUUUCAUUAGCGCCACCAUGAAGAGUAAAGAUUCAGUAGAUUCAGGGAGUUUAGAGCGUCUACGUUUCAAUAAAUAUAACUAAAGCCCUAUCCGGAUGGGAUUAGUUUCUCAGGGGGUCCUGGGGUAAUUUUCUCUUUUAUGGGGGGUCAUCUGUUAUUUUAUUCCCGUCCGGAACGACCAUGUAUGUGUUUUUCUCAGACGUCCUCUAAGAAAAUUACAGGCUGAAUUACCUCCGUGGAUCUCCGGUAAUUUUAGUCCCGUUUGGACGCACAUCUCUGAGUUUCGUCACCUUGCACAUCGUAGCACAUUGUAAUUGCAUUUUGAAGAGGAACUAAUCCCAUCCAGAUAGGGCUUAAGUUAUUUCCAGAUAUGAUACUAGGUAGGAUUACAUAUGAAGGUGACUCAAAUAUGAUUUAA